GAACUCGCCUCGCCUAGCUGGAAACGAUAACGGCCCCUUAUCGACCCCUCUUCUACUGAACUACAGCUAAAAGCGUAUAUAACAUCAACACCCCUCAACCACCUGCAACGCAUCCUAGAAUCUAACCCAGUUCACGACCGCGUUGCAGGUACCCCAACCAUGCUAUCCCAAUCUCCUCCCCACUAACCAAAUCUCAGACCCAAAAUGUCCCACGAAGCAGCCCUCACAUCCUCCGCCGCGCAAGCCAUAGCCCCCGAUCUCUUCCCCGCGCGCACCCCCCUCAGCACCCCCCAAAUCGAAGCCGGCAUAACGGCUUGUCUCACCGUGCAGCGUCGGGCCGUCACCCAAGGAAAACGCCCCUUUGCAGCCGUGCUCCUCGGCCCCGAUAACGAAACCGUGCUUCUCACGCAUCAAAGCAUCGAUCAAGUAAAUCAUGCCGAGAGCUCGUUGGCUAAACUAGCUUACUCGCAUUAUACGAAGGAGUAUUUGUGGAGAUGCACGCUGGUUAGUACGUGGGAACCUUGUGCUAUGUGUUCGGCGACGAUUUAUUGGGCUCAUAUUGGAAGAAUCAUAUAUGCAGCGACGAAUGAACAAUUGGCGGGUCUUACGGGGCCAGGGAAUCGAGAGAAUUUUACAUUGAAAUGGCAUACGAGAGAUAUUUUAGAGGGGCAACAGAAGGACAUUGAGAUUAUUGGGCCGGUGGAGAAGAUGGAUAUGGUGGUCGUUGAGGAGAGCGAUAAAUACUGGAGUACAACUCGAGCUCGUGCGUGAUGCAUAUUGUAGUAUCUAUUUUGAGCCAUAAUGAGAUAUAUGCCAUAAAAGCUUUGAGGAGCAUUAGAUGGACGAGGUCCAGUUUUGCGGUAAGUCGAUGCACUAUUCAUACUGGGAGAUUAAAUGUACGAAUUAUGACCUGUUUUUCAAAGUUGAUAGAUACCUCGCGCUAGUUAGAUUGCUGCAAGAAUUCAAUGUUAAGUUCCA